GGCCGGACUCUGCGGCCCUGUUUCCUGCCUCUGCCGGCCACAUUUUUCCUCUAGAUGUAGCCUGUGCUGAGUAGGGUCCCCCCCGCCUUUCCCUGCAGACCUCGCCCUCCCUCCGACAUCCCUCUCCACCCCCCCUUUACAUUUGCUGCCAAGGGAAGCUAGUAACCAAAAACAAAACAAGGAGGAGGAGGAGGAAGGGGAGGAAAAGUUGUGCGCUAGUAGCUUGUCCCUGCUGGGAUCUGCAUCCGCACCCCCCCCCCUUCCCCUGCCCUCGCCUUUUGAUCGCCCUUUGAUGUCUGGGGGAGAUACUGGGGUUGGGGCGGGGUCCAAUGGCCACCUCGGUUGUGAGGGGCCUUCGAGGUCCAGACCAGGAAGGCUUUGGCUGGGGCUGGGCACUGCUCAGGCAAGUGAACCGAAGAAAACGACUUCCGAUCCUGCAUUGCUGCUGCUCUCAUUUGGGAUUUGAUUUGCAUCAUCUCAGGAGCCCGUAAAACCAAACAAAAAAAGAAGCAACCAUCCAAUCACCCCCCUCCCCCCAUACACACACAUACCUACAGACAGACACACAGACACACGCCCAGAUACACACCCACACCCUCGCACUGACACUGACACUGACACAGUCAGGCGCACACAGAUCCCCACACCCCCACACCAUGUUGUUGUGCGGAAGGACUUCCACUCCCUGCCUGUGUCGUUGAUGUCAGUCCCCAGGACAGCCUCCCGGCGCUGCGGCUCCCCAGGCUGAUGCUGAUGCUGAUGCUGCGGCUCCGGGCUCGACACUAGGAAACAAGCCGCUGCUCCGCCCCGGCCCCCACCACCCCCAACAUCUGCAUGUUCCCGCCGAACUGGCCGCUUGCUGCCUCCCCAACCGGCAGCCUUCCUACGGACUGAAGCUCCCCGGAGCGCUGGAUUCUGCUGGGAGACCCAUCGACCCUUGGAGGAGGAAAUCUUGAGGAUUUUAAUUUGAGUGGUCGAUUUUUUUUUUUCUGGUGGAUCUAUCCAUUCGGGAGCUGAAUUAGGAAGGAAACAUGACGUCUCCGGCUAAAUUCAAAAAGGAUAAGGAGAUCAUAGCAGAAUACGAUACUCAGGUCAAAGAGAUCCGUGCCCAACUCACGGAACAGAUGAAAUGUUUAGACCAACAGUGUGAGCUACGAGUACAGCUGUUGCAAGAUCUUCAGGACUUCUUCCGAAAGAAGGCUGAAAUAGAGAUGGACUACUCCCGGAACCUGGAGAAGCUCGCAGAGCGCUUCUUGGCCAAGACUCGGAGCACCAAGGACCAGCAGUUCAAGAAGGAUCAGAAUGUUCUCUCACCAGUUAACUGCUGGAACCUCCUCUUGAACCAAGUGAAACGAGAGAGCAGGGACCACACCACCCUGAGUGACAUAUACCUGAAUAACAUCAUCCCCCGCUUUGUCCAAGUCAGUGAAGACUCUGGAAGGCUCUUUAAAAAGAGCAAAGAAGUCGGCCAGCAGCUCCAGGAUGAUUUGAUGAAGGUCUUGAACGAGCUGUAUUCGGUAAUGAAGACAUAUCACAUGUACAAUGCUGACAGCAUCAGUGCCCAGAGUAAACUGAAGGAGGCCGAAAAACAGGAAGAGAAGCAGAUCGGCAAAUCAGUGAAGCAGGAAGACCGGCAGACACCUCGAUCGCCAGACUCCACCUCCAACGUCCGAAUUGAGGAGAAGCACGUCCGAAGGAGCUCAGUAAAGAAGAUUGAGAAGAUGAAGGAGAAGCGCCAAGCCAAGUACACAGAGAAUAAGCUGAAGGCCAUUAAAGCCCGGAAUGAGUACUUGCUGGCUCUGGAGGCCACCAACGCAUCUGUCUUCAAGUACUACAUCCAUGACCUCUCUGACCUCAUUGAUCAGUGUUGUGACCUAGGAUACCACGCCAGCCUGAACCGGGCCCUGCGCACUUUCCUGUCGGCUGAGCUCAACCUGGAACAGUCAAAACAUGAGGGCCUGGACGCCAUUGAAAAUGCUGUUGAGAACCUAGACGCCACCAGUGAUAAGCAGCGACUGAUGGAGAUGUACAACAAUGUCUUCUGCCCACCCAUGAAGUUUGAGUUCCAGCCCCACAUGGGAGAUAUGGCCUCCCAGCUCUGUGCCCAGCAGCCGGUCCAGAGUGAGCUGGUCCAGAGGUGCCAGCAGCUUCAGUCACGACUAUCCACCCUGAAGAUUGAGAAUGAAGAGGUGAAGAAGACGAUGGAAGCCACCCUGCAGACCAUCCAGGACAUCGUCACCAUUGAGGACUUUGACGUGUCCGACUGCUUCCAGUACAGCAACUCCAUGGAGUCUGUCAAAUCGACUGUCUCAGAAACCUUCAUGAGCAAGCCCAGUAUUGCCAAGAGGAGAGCCAACCAGCAGGAGACGGAGCAGUUCUACUUCACAAAAAUGAAGGAGUAUUUGGAGGGCAGGAACCUCAUCACCAAGCUUCAAGCCAAGCAUGACCUUCUCCAGAAAACCUUGGGAGAGAGUCAGCGGACGGACUGCUCCCUGGCCAGCCGCCGGAGCUCCACAAUAAGGAAACAGGAUUCAAGUCAAGCGAUUCCUCUCGUGGUGGAGAGCUGCAUCCGAUUCAUCAGCAGACAUGGGCUGCAGCAUGAAGGCAUCUUCCGGGUGUCUGGAUCUCAAGUGGAGGUGAACGACAUCAAAAAUGCCUUUGAGAGAGGAGAGGACCCGCUGGCCGGAGACCAGAAUGACCACGACAUGGAUUCCAUAGCAGGCGUCCUGAAGCUGUAUUUCCGUGGGCUAGAACACCCUCUCUUUCCCAAGGACAUCUUCCAUGACCUUAUCUCCUGUGUCAGUAUGGACAACCUUCAGGAGAGAGCUCUGCACAUCCGCAAAGUCCUCCUUGUGCUGCCCCAGACGACGCUGGUCGUCAUGAGAUACCUCUUCGCCUUCCUCAGUCAUUUAUCACAGUUCAGCGAAGAGAACAUGAUGGAUCCCUACAACCUCGCCAUCUGCUUCGGGCCUACGCUGAUGUCGGUGCCUGAAGGCCAUGACCAGGUCUCCUGCCAGGCCCACGUGAAUGAGCUAAUCAAGACCAUCAUCAUGCAGCAUGAGAACAUCUUCCCGAGCCCCAGGGAGCUGGAGGGCCCUGUCUACAGCAGGGGAGGGAGCCUGGAGGACCACUGUGAAAGCCCCCACGGAGAGACUACCUCAGCUGAAGACUCCGCCCAGGACAUAACUGUGGACCACCACACCAGUGAUGAUGAGUGUGAGCCCAUUGAAGCCAUUGCCAAGUUUGACUAUGUUGGCCGGACGGCCCGAGAACUGUCCUUCAAGAAGGGGGCCUCCUUGUUGCUGUACCACAGGGCUUCUGAUGACUGGUGGGAGGGCCGACACAAUGGCGUUGAUGGACUCAUCCCUCAUCAGUACAUCGUGGUCCAAGACACCGAGGAUGGUGUCUCGGAGAGGUCGAGCCCCAAGUCUGAGAUUGAGGUCAUUUCUGAGCCACCUGAAGAAAAGGUGACAGCCAGAGCGGGGGCCAGCUGUCCCAGUGGGGGUCAUGUAGCCGAUAUUUAUCUUGCAAACAUCAACAAGCAAAGGAAGCGGCCAGAAUCUGGGAACAUCAGGAAAGCUUUCCGGCAGACUGAGGGCCAUGGGCUGAGCAGCCCCCUGCUGGACUCCUCCUCCCCGGGGGUUGGGGGGGCCAGCUGCCGUCCCUCUUCCCAGCCCAUCAUCAGUCAGAGUCUCCCCAAGGAAGGCUCCGAUAAAUGUUCCACCAGUGGGCACGGGGGUCUCAAUUCCAUCAGCCGACACUCGUCUCUGAAGAAUCGGCUGGACAGUCCUCAGAUCCGGAAGACGGUGACAGCCGGGAGGUCCAAGAGCUUCAACAACCAUCGGCCCAUGGACCCCGAGGUCAUCGCUCAGGAUAUAGAGGCAACAAUGAAUUCUGCCCUGAAUGAACUCCGGGAGCUCGAGCGGCAAAGCAAUGUGAAGCACACGCCCGACGUGGUCCUGGACACCCUGGAGCCCCUAAAGACCUCCCCGGUGGUAGCACCAACUUCAGAACCCUCUAGCCCCCUGCACACCCAGCUCCUCAAAGACCCUGAGCCCGCCUUCCAGCGGAGCGCCAGUACAGCUGGGGACAUCCCGUGUGCAUUCCGGCCAGUCAAGUCAGUCAAGAUGGCCGCCCCAGUCAAGCCACCAGCCACACGACCCAAGCCGGUGGUCUUCCCCAAAACCAAUGCCACCAGCCCUGGCGUCAACUCUUCGGCGUCCCCACAGCCCACCGACAAGUCUUGUACAGUCUGAUGGACACCAUUCGAUUGUUCCAGACAAGGGGACUUGAGGAACCAGAGACUGUUAUUAAAAUCUUCCUAUUUAACUAGCUUGGGGACUUCAGCCGAAAAUUAGAUUCUAAGUUAUUCCUGCAGGAAUAGACUUCCCAGCAGCCCAGACCCUUGAGAAUGAAGCUCUUCCUGCCUCCUUUCCUGCCCACCCCUCGCCUCUUCCCUGUCCCCCUUCCUUAGCUUCCCUGGGUCAGUCACAAUCCAGCCAGCUACAGUAUCUACCAGUCUUAGGCAAUAGCCAGAAAUAGAGCUUUCCAUUAUCAGGUCACUGUGAAAUCUGGCAAGGCAAAUGCUAACAACGGGGCUCAAAUCUCCAUCCUCCUCAAGUCACUGAGGAUGCCUUGCCCAAGUGCUUGGCUGCUGAUCCACCCACCUCUCAGUAGCGCCAUAUUUGGGUACUGGUUAAAACGAAUUAUAUAGUCUCUGCUUCAUCACACACACACGCACACGCGCACACACACACACACACACACACACACAUACACACACACGCCAACAGUUGUAGGUUACCGUAGUCUCUGGCAUGUGUAGACACUCCUGGUUCCAUGGCCCGUGGCUGUGUGUCUCUUUGUAAGUUAUUGUGACAGUUCACACAGUGACCACUGGGGUCUGUUUCCGUUACAAACCUUAUUUUGUCUGGGACAGGAGAACUCAGCCAUAGAAAUCUCUCUUAUUAAAUGAAACUUAUCAGGAUGGGACUCAACCCCAAAGCUCCCUGUGGGCUCGGGGAAUUUCUCUCUUAGGCCUCUUUUUACUGAUGCGGUUUGGUUGGUUGGUGUUUACAUUUGUCCCCUUCAUCCUCCAUAACUACAGUCAAACUCUAUAGUAAGCAAUUCUCCCUUGUAAAAUGUACCUGAAUGAUACAUUCACAUUAGGUGGGAGAAGGGGUAUCCUACUCCCAUUUUCUAUCCUAGAAGGAAGGAAACCCACUGAAGUUGGUUUCAGUACCUGGACCCUUGAAAAUUGUUUUCAGAGUUUCAUUAUAUUCAGGGCAGGUUUGGGAAUGUUAGCUAAUGGGUUGUAGCUCCUCUCUUGCUCCUUUUGGGCACUUAUGACACACAGUCUUCUUAUCCUGAAGUCAGUCAUCAAUCAAGUUAUUUGGUUCCAAGAAGUCCAGUGAAGUUGGAAAGUAGGAUUGGCCCCUAGAAGAAAGGUGCUUUUAAGUGGCUGCUCACUGUCCUUCAGCCUGUGUCUCUUGGUUCUGAUUACCCAAUUCCUCUAAAUGGAAAUAGAUUUGGGGGUGGGGGUGGGGGUUAGACUUUGUCCAAUCACUCAUUGCUGAAUCCAUCAACAGCUAUUAUUUACGACUUGAUUGUAUUUUGACUCCACAAACUGAAAAGUCUUCCCGAUACUGAAGUCUGAAGACACUGACAGCAACUAAACCUAUGAAUAAGGGAUAGGCUGAUGGGCUAACAGGUUCCUUCCUGUUGAUGCUCUUUGGUCCUUCUGCCUACAUAAAGGUCAAGAUGAUUUCCCCUUCUGCUUCAACCCAACCUCCCAAGUACUGCCCACUAUUUACCUCUCCCCUCAUAUCAUACUAUGCCAGGAAUACUAGGGUGAAAGGCCAAGCCACUAAUUGCUCCUAGGUCUCAGAUAAAGAGACUGAGUUAAGGCCAAAACCCAUGUGUCUUUCCUUAGAACCACAGACACUGUGUUUUCUGGUUUGGAAUCAUAUCCUUUACCUGAUAACUUUUCUGUGAUUUAAGAGAGAUAUAUGGUGGUUGUCUUUUGGGAGAGAAACCUAAAUUUUCCCAUCUUUGGCCCAAAACACCCAUCCUAACCUUUUUAAAAAAAAAAAAUUUGGAGUCAGAUCCAUCAGAGAUAGCAUUUGUUUAUCCUGCAUAAAGAAAAGAGCUUCGUGAGGAGGCACUUAGUAGAAAGAAGCUUUGGAACAUGGAGGGCAAAGGCCCGAAGAGGUAGGAGGGGAGACCCAGUGGAUUCCUUCGGUGACAUGACCAAAGUUGGAAGAGGUGACUUAGAACCACUGGCCUUGUUAAGUAAGCAGUUAGCUGCUCUGUUCAGUAGCUCCCAAAAGGGAAGGCGUUUGUUAUAAGCCCAUAGCCUCCAAUGGAUCUCUCACCCCUGGGGAUCCUUUUCCCUUGGGGCAAGGAGAGCCAUCCUUCACUCUACAUUCCUUAGGUGACAGCUUGGAGAUCCUCUUCACCCAAAUGAUCUGAGUUGUAGUCCACACCUUACAUUUUCCUCCCACCCCACCCCCAAAACAAAGUCUUUGGAUCUGUUCUGUUAUUUCUUGCCUUCUUUGUGGGUCCUCUACAUCCUCUCCAUUCCCUGUCCCACCCAGCCAACAUCCAUCUGCUGAUUGGCAUCAUGAGCUGAGCAGUGUGUGAAUGGGAACCCACAGUUCAAAGUCUUAGUUAGCCUUCCAUACCCCCCCAGGGUGGGGGGGUGGAGUUGUCUUCCCCAUCAUCUCUGGUGCUCCUGACACCGUGGAGAUAUCUGGUCCUGCCAAGGGGACUCGGAGCCAAUGGGGAGAGAACCCACCUUGGCAGGACACAGUGCAAUCAACUGGAAUGGAAGUGGCACACUGUGAUUUUUACACCGAAAAGCCAAACUGGGAGCCAGCAGUGCAAGGGACCCUGCAGAGAUAGACCUCUGCCGAGUACCCUGGCCCAAACCAGCGGUACAUACUUGAGAGAAUCCCACCCUGCCUCUGUGGUGUGAGUUGUGAACUCUGGAGGGGGUGGACAGGAAUUAGGCUUUGGGGGAAAAGGUUGUACAGUAGGGCCUGCACCAUACCCAAGAGAAAAGAGAGAACAAUGAAUUUACACCCAACAGCAUGUUGGCCCCAGCCCCCAUCCUCCAGGGAGCCAUGGCUCCUCCUGCGGGGAUGAGAUGAUGCCAGCAAAGGGAUGAACAGACCACUUUGGAAGGGCUGGUAUAGAUGUACUUCCUAUUCAGAAGAGAUAUUAGAUCUUCCAGGGAAAUGCAAUGUUGUGGCGUAUGACUUGUAUGUAACGUUUGUGUAAAAUGGUAUAUUCUUUAAAACAAUUGUGUUGAUAACUGGAAUAAUGUAUGUAUGUAUGCUUGGAAAUGCUUUGUAUGAACAUAAGGCUGUCACUCAACAAAGGUUGGAUUGGGGAGAAUCCAAAGCACAAGUUCAAAAUAAAAUACGUUUUUAGGUUA